AGUGGCCUGGUGAGUUGAUUGGUGGUACAAUAAGUGUUACUAUAAAUUUAUGUGACUUCAUUGCAGGGUCCUCUAUGCAAUAUAUUUAUUCUGAUGCACUAGAAGUUCAGCUACCGAGAAUACUGCCCAAUGGUCAUGGACCUUAUUCUGUAUUUCCAGCUGUCUUGAUUGGCCUUUUCGGAGUUGGGGCAGUAGAAAGAGCCUAUGCUGAUGCUGAGGAGGCUGCUGCUAAACCUCCGUUGUCAUCGGAAUCUCCUACAAAUUAUGCAGAUCUGGAGGAAAUUGCCAAGAAAGAACGGCAGCGUAUUGAAGAACUACUAAAAAGUAAAGGAAUUCAGCAUGGUUCUUAUCCACGGUUUACUGUUGCUGUCAAGGGUCAAAAGCUAUUGCGGCCUUAUGAGAGUCCAGACUUUAAGGAAAUAGAAGAUACAAUAUUGAUGGCCCUUCACAGUCCUGAAGUAUAUGAUGACAUUGCUCGUGGGACUAGGU